AUGGCGACUGUUAAACACGUUGUUGUCGACUCUGGUGCUUUUAUUCGUAAUGCCCCAAUUAGAGAAAUUGGUGAGAAUAUUUACACGUUACAUGAUGUAGUGAAUGAAAUAAAAGAUAAAGCAACUAGAGACAGAUUACAAGUUCUACCUUAUACUAUUAAAUACAAAGAACCGUCUUCAGAAGCCAUCUUGUUUGUUACAGAAUUCUCAAAGAAAACAGGAGAUUAUAGAAGUUUAUCUGUGGUAGAUAUAAGAAUAAUAGCUUUAACUUAUCAACUAGAGAAAGAAAAUGUUGGAACAGAUCACAUCAAUAAAGCACCACCAGCAAAGGCUGAAUGGAAUACAACCAGAUAUAAUUUAGAGAAAGCUACUGAUAUUGCUGGGUUUUAUUUACAGUCAGAUAAGGAGUCAUCUAAGUCCCGAUCAAGGAAUACAUCAGAAUGCAAUAAAACAGACAAUGUUGAAAAAGAGAAAGAUUGUGGGGCAUUAUCUAGUAUUAGUGAAACUAGUGAUAGUACUAAUAAUACUACAGACUCUAGUAAUACUCAAUAUGUAAGGGAGGGACAGGUAUUAAAACCUGAACAUAUAGGAGAAGAACAAGAUUCUGAUGAUGAAGAAGAAAUUGAUGAAGAUGAUGAUGAUGAAGGGUGGAUAACUCCUAGUAAUAUUGAUGCCAUACGUAAACAAAUGGAAGAUGUCAAUACAGAAAAAGCUGAUGUUACUGUGGGCUGUAUUACAACUGAUUUUGCUAUGCAGAAUGUAUUGAUACAAAUGGGCUUAAAUGUAGUAUCUGUUGAUGGAAUGCUCAUUAAAAAGGCUAAAAAUUAUGUCCUCAGAUGUUUUGCCUGUAUGAAGAUAACAAAGAACCUGAAUAAGCAGUUUUGUCCACUUUGUGGUAAUAAAACUUUAAAAAGAUUAUCAAUGACAGUUGAAGAAGAUGGAUCUGUAAAAUAUUAUUUCUCUACUAAAAAAUUGAAUUGUACUAAAGGAAUGAAUAAAAAUUUGGGUAUGCCUAGAAGUGGUCGCCAUGCAAAUAAUCCAUACUUGGUAGAAGAUCAACCAAUGCCACAACAACAUCCCUCAAGACGUUCACAGGUCAAAUUAGAUCCCUUAAGUUAUGAUUAUAUAGCUGGAACUUCACCAUUCGCUAUCAAUGAUGUUACAAGUAGAGCAGCACAACUUGGUAUUAAUAAUAAACGUAUGAGAGAAUUUCACCAGAAUGGCAAAAGAACUUUUAUUAGAAAAAAAUAAAGCAUGGUUGUAUGUGUAAUAAAUUUUGUUUCCUAUCUUC